AUGCCUCUCUGGCAGAUCUAUCAUCCAUAUGGCACUCUCGAAGAUGAUGCCUCAAAGCAAGCAUUUGCUCAAGAUAUCACCACCAUGUAUACCGAAAUGGGCCUGCCUGCCUUCUAUGUCGUUGUUCAAUUCUUCAAGAUGAACGAUGACAAUGUCUUCGUCGGUGGAACUCUCAGAAAAUCGGAUCAAACGCCUUUCGUCCGGAUAGUCAUUAAUCAUAUCGCAAUCCAUGUCCCAGACGUGGAUGCUCUAUAUCACCGCGCCACCUCCCGCAUCGACCAAGUUGUGAAACCACAUGUGACGGACAAGGGGUACGACUUUGAGUACCAUAUCGAUGAAACUGAGAGAAGACUUUGGAAGUUAAAUGGCAUGAUUCCCCCACCAUUCAAGAGUCAGGCAGAGCAGCUCUGGGCGAAAGAGAAUCGGGCCAUUACUUAUGAUGGCGCGUACCCACCUACUCUUGAAGUUAGCUCCAGUUCGGGCUGA